UGUUCACUAGGUUCACUGCUCUUUCUACCUCCUUGCGUUAUCUCUCAACUUCAUUAUAAGGAUAAUUCUUGCGAUUUAUCCAAUCUUUUUGUGUGCACUUCUGCGACUUAUCCUGUGUUACACGUUUGUGAUUUAAAAGCAGGGUGCAAAGUCACUUUCAUUAACUCUUAUUACGACUACCUUCUCCGCAACCUCGAGGGUUCGAUACGCUUGUACAACUCAUGGCUGCCACUCAACAGUUACCGUCAUGGAUGACAUUGUCAACUACCGUGUACACAAAUGCCGCAGGGCAAACUAUAACGAGCGAGACAACCCUUCAGCUCCCACUCACUUACUACGGUCCAAGUAUUCCUUUGGGCAGUGACGGUGCUUGGACUUAUGGUGGUCUUACCUCGCCAGCAGCUUCAACUUCUUCUCUAACGACUUCAUCCACCGCGACAUCCUCUACCUUCACCCCAACAUCCUCUGCGACACCUACUUCCUCUUCAUCAUCAUAUCAGUCUACAUUUACAUCUACAUCUGCCUCAUCUCCUCUACCUCUACCUCUACAUCCCCUUCCACCCCUGCCACGAGCCCUCAUCGGUAUUAUCAUCGGUGCCAUCAUUUUGUUCAUCAUCUUGCUUCUGCUUUUCAUCUGGUUUGUCCGUUGGAACUCUCGUCGACGAGACUCCAGAGCUAUCACACCUAUAUGGACAGGAUGGAAUGUUCUUACCCCAGAUCAAACCGGCGACGAGGAGAACCGUCCAGCUGGUCUGGGUUCUCCUCGCGAUAGCGGCGAUGACGAAGCAGAUUCUUUCCUCCGUCGCAGCACCGCUACUGAUCCUGAACGCCGUGCACGUCCAGUAUCUUCUCUUCCACCUGGUGCAGCGCCACCACGUAUUGUAGGAAGCACUGGCUCCGACCGAACAAGAUCCUCCCAAGCUUCCACAGACUAUGGCGUCGUCCUGCCUGGCUCAGGACACUUUGGACAGGCGUAUAGUGGUGAUGGCAGCUUCCUCCGCAUUGGAGACGAGGAAGAGCUGGAAGACAUACCCCGACCACGCAUGUAUAGCUCAAGCCAUCCCUCUCUGCCCGAGCACAUCGCCCCCCUACUUCCACCCCCACCUUUCGAGGGCACUGCCACCCGCAAACCUUCAGACCGCUCCCUACUUAACGAGAAGGAAAAAUCCGUCCGCAGUGCCUCUUACCCAACGAGUGACCUGGAAGACUCAAAAAUCUUCACUGCUCGCCGCGUACGCGUCCAGGAGCUCGGUUCCCGCAGCCCCCAAGAUGACGACUCCACGAAUACCCAGCCUGUCGCAGGACCCGGAAGCUGGCGUAACUCCUUCUCUCGUCUGCGAAGGAGCUGCGGAUCAAACUCGCGCAGGGGAUCAGAUAAAGACGCCGAGGCAGUCCAAUCUUUGCUCGGCCGUAGGCUUGGUGUAGGCUAUACCUCUGCAGGAGAACGUCCGAUGUCGGGUGUGAGCGCUAAGAGCGCAAUAUCCGGGAAUACGGUGUACCAUGACGCAGUCUCCCGUAUGGGCACCCCAGUUUCCCUUCCUUCCAGAGCAAUCACGCCUGCGAGUCAGAGUCAGAGGGGAAGCGCGGUGCCUGCAACGGACUUUCCACUUCCUAUUCCGAGUGGAGCACCACCAGCAUACGAUGAUCCAUAUGAUUCGCUGGGUAGUAGGGGUCCCAGCCCAUUGUCUCCCACAGGCAUCGACGUCCUGGAUAUACCAGCACCAGCACCUUUCUCAUCCGCUUCGACGGGCGGGAAACCUUUGCCGCCAGGUCUUGUCCCGUUGUCCAGUCGCCAUGCAUGGAGAGACUCGUUGUCCGUGAUCACGGGCUCGUCAAAUGGCGCCGGUAUCACAAUCGAUGUUCUCGAUGCUGAGCCGCCACGAGCAGGUGAUGGUUGGAGGAACUUAGCCGGUGGCUUUCUUGGUGUCAGUGAAGGACCAGACCCAAGUGAACAGAGAACCCCGUUUGGAACUCCCCAAGUCAUCCAUCAAGGGAACCCCUUGGUCUCUGAGCGAGGGUCUUUGCACUCUAUGCGUUCGCACCUGAGCCCCUACUCUGCACGUUCAUCUUCAGGAUCAGCACCUACAUCCUUCGCACGUGCUUUCAAUCUCUCAGGGUCCAAUUCUUCUCGUCCUUCUGCAAAUUCCGCCCACUCACGCGUAGCAACUAUGUCCUCUGCAUCGCUAAAUUCUAGUCGACCGUUUGGUCCUAUCUCACCAUCUGUGAGCGCGUUUGGACACGCAGAUCCCUCACAGUAUAUGUCCCACACUACUGAGGAAUUUGAGGACCAGUUCGCGGAGCCGGGCAGCCGCACGUCGAUCCUUGGUCCUAUGCCUUCAUUCUCCACUCAUUCGGUGCUCUCCCAACCUACGAUCCGUAGUGUGGGUGGCACAACGGUAACGAGCGAUGAUACAGAGGUGACGGGAACGACCGUUACUUUUGGUUCUGAAGACGUGAUGAGCACGCCUACACCAUGGUUUCACGAACGAAUAAGGGCCGAGAUUUGAGAUGAUCCAGCGCUAUAGGAUGCGUUCUCUUCCAAGCGCUGGGGUGGAGCUAUUCUAUUGAUGCGAUUUUUCCUUACUUAUUCAUCUUCGUGAACUAGAUGCUUCAUUAUACUUUCUGCGAUACCUCCUGACUUUUGCGAUACCUAUCAUACUUGAUCUUCUAUGUUCGUUACGAAGAAUACGGUUACCUCCUUACUUACGACUGAUGAUGCGAUAUCUUGACUACGAUUCUUGUACGGUCCCUAGUGAAUGAUACACCGUCACUUGAUCAA